GUGAACGCGUCGGCUCAAUGCGGGACAAAGCUGACUUCCGCCCCGGUGGCCGGGUAUGCCCCGAGAACCAGUGCAACCCGCGAUCGACUAUUAGUGGAUGUACCAACAUGCCCUCUCCUAAUUAACCCACGCGGCGGCAGGCUUCGAGAAGACACACAGGCCUCGCAGCUGUUCCUGCCUGCUCGCCUGCCUCUCCGCAGCGCUGCACUGCACAAACUCGGCUCUUCUUGCCAUCGGCAACCAUGGACCAUCCCACCACUGCCCACCUCGCCGCAACGGCGCCGGCCAACACCUACGCCGUCCUGGGGUCGACGGGCAACUGCGGCACGGCGCUCAUCGAAAACCUGCUCAACAAGCCCGGCGGCCAAGUCCACGCCUACUGCCGCAACCGUGCCAAACUCAUGCGGGUGCUCCCGGACAUCAAGGACGGCGGGCGCGUCACCGUCUUCGAGGGCAGCGUGCAAGACGUCGACCUGCUGACGGCGUGCAUCCGCGGCUGCCGCGCCGUGUUCCUGGUCGUGUCGACCAACGACAACAUCCCCGGGUGCCGCCUGGCGCAAGACACGGCGGCGGCCGUGUUGCACGCGCUGCGGGGGCUCCGGGACGCCUCGCCCGGCAACCCGCUGCCCAAGCUGGUGCUGCUGUCGUCGGCGACCAUCGACGACCACUUCUCGCGGCACGUGCCGUGGCUGCUGCGGCUGGUGCUGCUGCGGUCGGCGUCGCACGUGUACGCGGACCUGGUGGAGACGGAGCGGAUGCUGCGCGCCGAGGCGGGGUGGCUGACGGCCAUCUACGCCAAGCCGGGCGCGCUGUCGGUCGACGUGCAGCGCGGCCACGCCCUGAGCCUGACCGACGAGGACAGCCCGCUGUCGUACCUCGACCUGGCUGCCGCCAUGAUCGAGGCUGUCGACGACGACACGGGCGCCUACGACGGCCAGAACGUCAGCGUCGUCAACACCAACGGCAGGGCCAAGUUCCCCACCGGCACCCCCAUGUGCAUCCUCAUGGGCCUGAUGCGCCACUACCUGCCGUUUCUGCACCCGUACCUGCCCGCCAACACGGGGCCACGCUGAGGGGGACAGGUGUCGGCAGAGGGUAAUCGAGUAUUGCAUAUAGUUUUGCAUGAUUUGCAUUUAUUUAUUGUGUAGUUGUAGUUUGAGCUGAAUUCAACCCGUCGCCGUGCCAACUAGCAGCCCUGCAAGCCCCUGAGUGAGAUCUGACCGCCAACCCUAACCCCGACGGAAUUCGCUGGAUUUGGUGGCAUGAAGAGCAGGCCCAACGGACAAAUUGGAACAAGGCAGUGACG